AUGUACUAAACACACAUCGAGUACUACAGUUUACGUGAUGUUGAUGUAGUAAUACUAGUAAUACGCAGAAACAUCAAAUGAAAACAACGAAAAAGUUUCCCCGAAAAAAAAAAAUACAAUAAGGUUCUAAGUGGCAAAAUUUACACAGCAAAGAGUAAAAAAAAAGUGCAACGUGAAUAUCAUUGAAUCAAAAGUUUUCAUUUUUAUUUGAAUAAUUGUUGGCUAUUGAAUUUUUGUCUGAGAAUAAUAUUUAUUUGGGGUUUUGUGCAAUAAGCAAAUGGGAUCCUGUGUCUGAGUGUCUCGCCGUCGUCGUCGUUGUUGUCGUCGUUGAAAAUGCGAACAUAUAUGCAAUUAUUUUGUUAAAAUGAGAUGCAAAAAGGCAACAACAACAUAAAAUCUGUGGGAAAUUAAGAAGUUGUGAUGCAAAAAACUAGAUAGAUGCAUACAAUAGAAUACAGUCAUCAAACAGCAUCACCAGCAGCAGCAGUAACAACAACAACAACAAAUCAAAAAUCCAAAUACAGAAAAUAAGAAGAAGAAGAGGAACAAAUAAUAAAGACAAAAGUUUAUUACACGAAUAGAGACGGUGCAGUGUAAAAGAAAUAAAUAAAAAUAGGAAUGAGAAAGUCCUGUACAUUCGAAACGAAUGUGAAAUAUGGAGAAAAUCGCGUUCAUUAAAAUCAAUGCAUGAAGAGAGAGAGAAAGAGAAACAAAAUGUUUAUCGUGCAAAGUUUACAUUUUUUUUGAGUACUUAUCUUCUCUAUCGCGAUUGGGUUUUUUGACGUUGUUAGCUUGAAAGAAAAGAAAGAGGGCAAAAAACAGCAGCAGCAGUAGUAGAAACAGCAACAACAGCAGCAUCGAAAUUUUAGUGUGUGCUCGUGUUUGUACAUAUGUUGUUGUUGUUGCCGUUGUCGUCGUCGUCGUCGAGUUAUGUGUUGCUCACGCUCAUUUUUACCAUGUUUAAAUCAAUAUAUUAGAGAUUUGUGUAUAUAAUCGCUAAGUAUGCGAAUUACAUGUUUUCAAGUGUCACUUUUCUAUUGUUUGAUGCUGUCUUCUCAAUCGGCUGCCAGUUCGUUUGUGUUUUUUUCCUUUGAAUAAAUUUGUGUUAUUUGUUAUUUUUUUGCUCACCAUUGUCGCCGUCAUCGUCUUCUUCUUCUUCUAAUAUAGUAAAAGUGUUGCUGAACGUAAUUCGUCAUUUUUUGUUCGUUUUGAUGACCAAUCAGAUAUAUUGGAAAAUAUUCGUCAACAUUUUUUUCGAUUGCUCAUCGUGUGUGUGUGUAUACAAUUCUGAUACGUAAAACGAAAUUGUCGGGGUUGUUAAAAUGAAUUUUGUUAUUGUUACGAUUUGUGUCGCGCAUUUUAUUCUUUUGUGACAUUUUUUUUCGUGUGCAAUAUUUUUACGUCACUGAAAAAACUACAUUGUGAACAUAAAUAAACAUUUUUGAAUGAAAACAAGUAAAACAAAAUUGUGCUGUACUUUCUACAAGGGAUCAUCACAGAACUGUAUCGAGAACAAAAGAAAAAAAAAUAGGGCUUAUUGCCUAAAUACAAAAUCAAUCGCAAUGUUCGCUGAAACGAAGUGAAUUCUCAACGUGUGCAUAUUUUUUUUCUCACUUGGUUUGCCAUGUGAGCACGACGAAAAUCACAUUUCUGAAGCAAUUUUUAAUAUUUAAUUAUUCAUUGCAAGCAAUAAGUAACAAAUUUCGGAUAUUCAAGUAUAUAUAUACACACACAAACCAAAAUCAAAAAUUAUUACGCACUAAUUGGAUGAUGCUUUUCGUUCAUUGCUCGAUGAACAUUUGAUUGAUUAUGACCGAAGCCAACGAAUAUGAUUUUGAAAAAGUCGAUGAUUCGCUAAAAUGUUUGAAGGGAGUUUUGGUUGAUUCACUGCGAACGGUCCUACAUCAGGUGCAUCCAAAUCUAUCAGCCGAAGAUGAUGCACUAUCCCGAGUCGAAUGCUUGUGCAUUCGACUGUUGGGUAUGUUAUGUGCCAAACCACCACCGCACACGAUACAGGACAUCGAGGAUCGUGUCGCCAGAACGUUACCAACACCCAUCGAUAAAUGGGCUCUCACAGAAGCACGAGACACCAUCGAUAAAUCAAAGAAAAAGAAACUAGUAUUGCCAUUUAAUCAAAUUCAAAAUCUACUUCAAAAGGAGGUUCUUCAAUACAAAUUGGAUAACACGGUGUCAUUAUUUUUGGUGGCUGUAUUGGAAUACAUUGCCGCAGACAUAUUAAAUUUGGCUGGAAAAUUUGUGCUGAACAUCAGACAUCAGACAAUAUCUCAAGAGGAUAUACGGAUUGCUUUGAUCGCCGACAGAAUAAAAAAUUCCAAAUCAAAUUAUCCUCACGAAAUAAAGGAAGUGGUGCUGAUGGAUAUGUUUUGUGAAAAGAAAAACAUUCCAACAAUUCCAUUGCCAACAACACCACGGUCCAGCCUCACAUAUGAGGAUGUUGUGAAAGAACUUAUACAAGAUGUUAAGCAACAUCAACGCGAUUUACACAUGAUCAUUUGGGUAUUUCGCGAAGAGUUGGCGAAGUGUGUGCGAGAGCCCAGGGAAUUGGAUUUAAUUUUUCCGCACAUUUUCGAUAUAUACGAUGUCACUGUAACGCUAUUGGGAGCUUUGGAAGAUGUUAUCGAAAUGUCACAAGAGCACUCACAACCAUGUGUUGGCAGUUGUUUUGAAGAACUCGCUGAAGCAGCCGAAUUUGAUAUUUACGAAAAAUAUGCCGAAGACAUUACAUCGGAAGAGUGUAAAGAUGCUCUACAAAAUUUGGUGAAUCAACAGGAUUCGAGUAAAUUGUCAUCGGCUGGUCAUGGAUUUAAAGAGGCAGUGAAAUAUUAUUUACCAAAAUUACUAUUAGCACCCAUAUGGCAUGCAUUCAGUUACUUUGAGUAUGUACGGUCAUUAAUGGAUUUAAGUCCGAGCCAAGAGGAUAAGGAAGUGUUUGAGCAGGUACAAGGUUUGCUUAGUCCACUUGAGACACGUGUGAAAGAGCACGUUGCAAAAAUUCCAAAGGAUUCAUCAUUGCCAUAUACGCACUUGAAUAGUCGUGCACGUCGUCAACUGUCGGUUGAAAAAACACGUGAAUUGCUGAACAGUGUUGAGCAUUUUGGCGAUAAAGAUGCCAUUGGUCAAAGCUACAACGAAUACAUUCGAGAGGAUACACUACAAAAAUUGAGUUCGGGCAAACGAAUAACAGAACGCAAAGUAUAUCUAUUCGAUGGUGUAUUGAUUUUGUGCAAACAAAUUCGUGGACGUUCCGUGAAUCCAAAUUCAAAUGCAUUUGAUUAUCGACAAAAGGAGCGUUUUGUAAUGCGCAGAGUUGAAAUUAUUGAUCGUUGCGAUACCGAUGAUUUGAGGUUCGCUUUUGAAAUUUCACCGCAACAAAAUCAGUCCAUUGUAUUGGUAGCCAAAUCGAUUGAGCAUAAAAAUGGUUGGAUGGCAGAUUUGGUGAUGGUAAAUACCAAAUCAAUGCUUGAUCGUAUUCUUGAUAGCAUUUUAUUGGAUAUUGAAAAGAAACAUCCAUUGAAAUUGCCUAGUCCUGAUGUGUAUAAAUUCGCUGUUCCUGAUAGUUCUGAUAAUAUAAUAUUGGAAGACAAAGAAAGUACCGGAGUGCCACUGAUCAAAGGUGCAACACUCUGUAAAUUAGUUGAACGUUUAACGUAUCACAUUUACGCCGAUCCAGCAUUUGUGCGCAUAUUUUUGACGACAUAUCGUUCGUUUUGCACACCGCAAAAUUUACUUCAACUUUUAAUCGAACGAUAUGAUAUACCCGAGCCAAAUGUAGUUUACGAACAAUCGAAUGCCGAUAAAGAUCUCGAGACUGAUAAAAUACACAAAAGUUCACAACGUGAAGACUGGAAACGAUAUAGAAAGGAAUACGUUCAACCCGUACAAAUACGUGUAUUUAAUGUGUUACGACAUUGGGUCGAUCAUCAUUUCUAUGAUUUUGAACGUGAUCCACAGUUGCUUGAACAGUUGCUUAUUUUUCUGGAAACUGUUAAUGGAAAAUCGAUGCGAAAAUGGGUGGAGUCUGUACUGAAAAUUGUACAACGAAAAAAAGAGCAAGCCGAAAAUCCAAAGCAAAUCACAUUUGCCUAUGGUAAUAUUCCGCCGACAAUCGAACAUCAUUUAGAGUCAACCGAAUAUGGAAUAAAUCUGUUGACAUUACAUCCAUUGGAAUUGGCGCGUCAGUUAACAAUACUGGAAUUUGAACUGUACAAAACAGUUAAGCCAUCCGAACUUGUUGGAUCGGUUUGGACAAAACGUGAUAAGGAAACAACUAGUCCAAAUCUACUACGAAUGAUAAAACAUACCACAAAUUUUACCAAUUGGAUAGCAAAAUCAAUACUCGACGCAGAAAAUAUUGAAGAGCGGACCGCAAUGUUGAAUAGAGCAAUUGAAGUCAUGAUGGUUUUAUGUGAAUUAAAUAAUUUCAAUGGAGUUUUAUCUGUGGUGGCUGCAAUGGACAGUGCAGCCAUUUAUCGCUUGAAAUUAACAUUCCAAAGAUUGUCAGAUCGUUAUCGAAACUUUUUGGAGGAAUGUCGUGAAUUGAGCAGAGAUCACUUACGUCGUUACCAGGAGAAAUUGCGAUCGAUCAAUCCACCAUGUGUCCCAUUUUUCGGCAUGUAUCUAACAAAUAUUUUGCAUAUUGAAGAAGGUAAUCGGGAUGAGUUGCCAAACACUGAACUAAUCAACUUUUCGAAGCGUCGAAAAGUCGCGGAAAUCACAGGGGAAAUUCAACAGUAUCAAAAUCAACCAUAUUGUUUGAAUGUCGAUCCGAAAAUUAGAAAUUUUCUUGAGAAUUUGGAUCCAUUCAAAGGAAUGAGUGAGACGGCCAUUUUAGAUUCACUGUUCGCUCAAAGUGAAAAAUUAGAACCAAAACAUGCAAAAGCAGCGCCAAAAUUUGCCAAAAAAUGGCCGCCAGCGAUAUUAAAAUCGCCUGGUACAAAACCAAAACGACAUGCACAUCAAACAAGUUCGAUAUCAACGCCCGGCACUCUUCCAUUUAGCAAUAAAACUGAACUGCACACAAACAGCACAACCAGUAAGAAUAAUAGUCAAAACAAUAGCAUGAGCUAUAAUACAAGCGAAGGUGAACAAUCACCAACGGGUCAUAAUACAUCGAUGUCUUCCGCACAUGACUUUGCAGUCUUUGCCAAUGUCAAUAUACAGGGAAAUUCUGCAUCAUCGUUUUCACAAUCACAGGUAACAUUGAAUACAAUGUCAACGUCAAUAAACGAUUUUGCCGAUACAAUAUCGUUGAAUUCGUCAAUGUUACCGCCUGAGUUGCCGAAACGAUCAAACAGUAUUACUUCAUUGCCAAACAAUAUGAAUUGUACGGAUGUUAGGCCAAUAUUGAGUCCACGAAAUUUGGACAAUGUCACGCCAGCACUACGAUCUCAACCAAUAAUCAGCCCAAAACUACUUGAUUCGGUGAAUGAAGAACGAACACCACCACAUUCGGCAAACAAUUUUACAAAUAAUAACAAUAGCAAUGGUGAACCACCAUUGAUUAGUCCACGAAUGGAUAAAUUAAGUUACCAACAGCAUCAAAAUGCAGCGGGCGAUGCGAGUGCUUCAAAUUUCAAUCGAUCUCCAUUCCAAAAUACGUCACAUCAUCGAAUUUCUACAUCAAAUGUUCGAAAUAGCAGUUAUGGUGGUUCGGUGUACGAAGACGGCGCCUCAACAAGUGCAUCUGUCUAUCCAGCCAGCCCAAAACACACAAAUAUUACAUCCGAUAUGCAUGAAUUUGGCCCAAUGCCAAUUUCACCCCAUGUUAACGUACCAAAUGCUCAUAACUUUUGUGCGAUGCCACCGCCGCCAUUGCCACCAAGACGACGUGAAAAACAAGAAUCGGAAGCAGUACGAUUGGCACAAAUUCGACAAGCACCCGAUGCACCGGAAUUACCGCCACGAGAUGCGUCACCGCCACCUGUUCCACCACGAUUAAGUUUAACGCACACAUCAAUCAAGAAAUCAAACACUUGUAACAUAUACAACGAAGAAGGCCUACGAGAGCAUAGCCUAAAAUUGCCAAACACCAGCACAAUUAUGAUGCGCCGAAAUUCAGCACUAAGAGAAGGAGCAUCAAAUGAUCCGAAUGCAUCAUGCGGAUCGGCAGGCACACCAUCCACAAGCACAUUACCAGCUACCAAAUCAUUGGAUUUUCCUGACAUUAACUUGGCCAACAAUAAAUUUCAUCAUCAGAAUAUUACAUCGGCACCUCCAGUCAAUCGAAAAUCGAGUGCGAAUACGUCGCCUAGUUUUUCACCCGGCGAAACAACACCCAAACUUCCACCAAAACCGAAAAACUCAGUGUUUUCACCACAUAAUGAUCGCACAACGAUGUUUCCAUAUCCUACUACAAAUCAUGAACAAUGAAAUGAAAUGACGUUUGCUGCUGCUGGCUGGAAUGAAAUUCAUACACAAAUGUUGUAUGGCGAUUGCAAAUUUUACAUUAAUUCUUCGAAAGUCCCAAAUUAGUUUUUAUGAGUCAGACGUACUUUUUAUCAUUCGGACGAACUAUGUUUGAAAAUUAAUCAUAUUGUAUGGAAUGGUCGAAAAAAAUCAUGAUUUCCAUUUUCAUUGUUUUAUACGACAUUUUUUUUUUGUCAAAAAAUUGUGUUUAUAUUUGAGAUAAGAAUCUCUAAAGUUCACAAAGUAUUUUUGCAACAUUGUUUUAAUUUACAAAUUGAUGAAAUUUUGUACAUAAAAUGUUUUGUUUCGUUUUUAUCUCUGUGACAACUCAAUAUUAAAGUCAAAAUGAUAGACUCAUUUUACCAUACCGUUUUGAUAUUAUGUGUGAUACCUGACUCAUUCAAUUGCAAAUUCCCCAAAACACAUUUUACCAACAAGAAAAUUCUGUAUUUUAUGUAUUAUCAACGUGUAGUGUGUGUAAAAUAAUUGAGAAAAGGAUCUAGAUUUAAAUGACGAAACAGAAAACAAGAAUAUAUAAAUAUAUUUUACACGAAAUCACAUGCACACAAACACACUCAACCAAAUGUUUUAACAAGAACAAAAACACAAAAAACAUCCUCGUUCGAUACGCACAAAUAAAGAAGCAAAAUAAAAUGAAUUACAAUAUUCUCAUGAAAUCAUUCAUAUCAUCAAUAAUUACAUAGAGAAACUAAAAAUAUAUGAUUGUUUAAGUUUUAGUGAUUUGUAAAAUGCAUUUAAUGUGAAUGAUGUGAUGUGAUGUAACUAGAUGCUUAAGCGAGAGUGUUAGCAUUUCAUUCCGAUGAAAGAAAAUAAAAUUUCCAAAUUUCGGUUUA